ACUCAUACAGGCCACAUUUAACAGGAAAUUUGCUCGAGCUAGAGUUCAAGAAAAACAGCAAGUUGAAAUGCCCUCGUCUCACUCGCAUGUGUGCAUAGGACAACAAAGAACAACAGAAAGGACAACAGAUUAUUUCCAAUAUGAAGCAAACUGGGAGUACAGAAAGAAUGACCACUAUGGAGAUGAGCACAAAUAGCUCGUAUUAUUACUAUGAUGAGACAGAGCCUUGCUAUACUGAGCCUGCUUUGAACCUGACUGUUAUGGUGGCCAUCUUCUACUUGGUUUUUGCUCUUGGACUUCUGGGUAACAGCACCAUACUGUGGAUGUUGCUGAAGAUCAUGCGCAUAAAGACCAUGACAGACGUGUGCCUGCUGAACCUGGCAAUUUCCGACCUAAUCACAGUGUUCUCGCUGCCUUUGUGGGCACUUUACAACAAGGGCCAUUUAUCUGAAGCCAACGCCAUGUGCAAACUUAUGGUCAGUACCUAUCAGCUGGGCUUCUACAGCAGUAUACUUUUUGUGACGCUCAUGAGCAUUGACCGCUACUUGGCCAUUGUUCAUGCGGUGGCAUCACUGGGAGCACGGAAUUUGCGUUACGCCAUCAUGGCCAGCCUUAUCAUGUGGACCAUCUCCUUCUGUGCUGCCUUCCCAGGGGCCCUUUUCCACAACAUGAUCAAAGAUACAGAGAACAACACACAGUGUGAUUGGGAUAUCAGAGAAGGAUCGGUCAAGACAUGGAAGCUGUUCUUGAAUUUUAGCCAAAAUACAGUAGGACUCUUCAUCUCGCUGCCAGUCACAAUCUACUGCUACAUCAGGAUCCUGCUGGUGCUCAGGAGGACAAAGAACUCCAAGCGAGGACGAGCCAUAAAGCUUAUUUUUGCCAUCGUUGUAGUCUUUGUGGUCUUCUGGGUGCCAUACAAUGUGGCAGUGUUUUUAAAGACACUGCAGGACCUGGAAAUUUGGGAUUCGUGCGAGAGCAGCCGACGAUUAAAUACCACCUUGUCAGUGACAGAGACCAUUGCAUUAGCCCACUGCUGUAUCAAUCCUGUGAUCUAUGCUUUUGUUGGGGAAAAAUUCCGGAAAUCUCUGGCCAGAGAGUUUUCAAAAUGGCUGCUUUGCGCAAAGAUUUACAAACCGGCAUCCACGUAUUCCAAAACCUCAGAAAACGAAACCUCCAAUACACCUUUAUAGGAGAACAGUUCUUCUAACCUCUGUAUAUAUUUACGGAUUUAUGCAAGUCAUGACUGGAGUCGAAAAUCUGUGCAUACUUUUUUUCCUAAACAAGUGACUACUGCAUAUUAGUUUGUUGCCCCAAAACCCCAGAAUACGGGCACCAGAAUCCUAAGCCCGGGCUACUUUCUGCGUUAACAUUUAUUUUGGGGUUUUUGUUUCCUGCCAACCUUCCAAAAACACACUGUGAGAGAUGGACUACUUUCUUAUUAAGGGAUUAAGGGUGUGUUCAAGCCUUACAUCCAAACUUUCCAGAAAACAUCAGAAUAAAGCAGUUACUGAAGAAGAUUGUAAGCUUCCAUGUUAGGAAAUACUGUAUUUUACUAUAUUAAACCUAUAUCAAUAAUACCCAUAGGAGGUCUAACAAGAGAUGGGUUUGAUUGACUUUGGUCUUAAGAAAAAUCUUUAAAAAAUGAAAAUGAUGCUAUUUGGAAUGAAAUACCGGAGUGAUCUUCCGUCAAAAUCAUGAUCUAAAUUUAAUUAUAUGCUGUAACCGAUAUAUAAACAGCAUAAUACAUAUCAAGGGUUUAACAUUCUGUGACUCCUCCUUUAUUGUUAAUAUAUGAAUAAUAUAAAUAAUUACGAUUAAGUGUGCAUUUUUACAAUAUAAAAAAAUACAAGAAAGAAUCACUUAAUUGUCAAGACAGUACAGUACAGUAUCGUUGCACAGUCAUGUUUUUAUCAUCAAGAUGCACAUACUUUAACCCCUCCUUACAUAAAGCCACAAAGCCAAGUGUUUUGUAAGAUUUGCUGUAGAGCACGAAACUGUAAGAACCGGAUUUCCUGCAUAUGACUUUAUUCCUACAAGAAAACUUUGGUGGUGCACAUGUAAGAAAAAAACAGUGACAAAAAAAAGACUGACAGAAAAAGCUUAAAUCUGUAAAAGUGUUACGCAUACAUCUAUGUCUGCUCUGUUAUUGUAACCUAAGAAGAAUAAAGAUGUCAGUUAGUAAAUUGUACACCACUGGGAGCCCUUUCAUUGGCUGGUUCCUUCUAUGUAUAUGUGUGGGUGGGUGGUGUGAGUCUAUGCUCAAAGCAUCCAUUGUGGUUUGGUGAGGUUGUAAGGAAGAUUGUGACCACAGGCACCUUACCAGCAAUUGUACAUUCUAGUGCUCACCCUUCUUCAGAGAGUGCAAAUCAGUCAUUUUACUAUGAAUUCAUUUAAUAGUUGCUUUCCUUUGGAGUUUGAGCACAGCUUCAGAUAAAGGGGCAUAUCAUACAAAUAUGCAUAUCAUACAAAGGUGCAUUUAGAGCAAGAGAUUUUCUAAACUAUUACUAAAUUAUCUUUAUUUUACAGUACGAUAUUUCAGGAAGUAGGAAUAGACAUCAGUAUGUAAAGGAAGUACUAUUGACAUCCUUGACUUUGAUUAUCAUGUCAUGCAAAUAUUGUCUGGCAGCAUGUUUAAGUUUUGAUCUACACUAAAUGCCAGUUAAAUAAUGUCACUCAAUGGGUGAACAAGGAACAUCUUGGGUAACUGCAUCGGUCAGUCAAAAACAAACCGAAAGCAUAAAAACUGCCUGAUUAGAAAUAUCAAUUAUAAACAAAUUUUGAAAAAUUUAAAAUGAGCACCAUGUUUUCACAAUAACUAAACAGAACCUUGCACACAGGGACUUACAAUUAAGGAACAGCCAAAAGUUUGCACAUGCCUUAAUCUACUUAAUCUAAUUCAGGGAAAGGCUCGGAGAGGUUGGAAUAUGGCUGUAUAGAUGUGUGAUCAUUUUGCUGCGAGAACAUUAGUGAUAUCAAAGCAAUGUUGUUUGAUGAGAAGGAUUCAGUUCCUGUUUACCUCAAAUAUGUUCAGUGGGGUUGAGUCAGGGUUCCGUGCAGUUCUGUUCAAGUUUUUCUACACCAAACUUAACACACCAUGUCUUCAUGGAGCUCACUUUGUCAGUAACAUCAUACUGGAACAGUGUUUGGGCCUUUCAGUUCCAGUUACAACUAAACCACACAAAGUCACCCUAUACAACUAGGUGCUUUCCAACUGUUUGGGGAAGGCAUACAGAUGGAUGUGAUAGUCAGGAGUCUGCAAAUUUUGGCCACAGUUACUGUGACACAAACCACAGGCAAGUAUUUUUUUUAGCUAAUAAGCUAGCUAGCAGUAUUGAAAUGAUUGGGAGCUGGACAUGUAGCUAGCAGAAUACUAGCUACUGUGUGCUAUCUGUCCUAAAACUCUCCAACCACCCAAUAUUGGUAAUUAAAGAAAACUGGAAGUCUUGCCUUUGUUAAAUAAAUAACUUCAGCAUGUGGUUUGAUUGGAAAAUAAAUCAACAACUUUAGUAACAACAAGUAACUCUGCUUGGUGUCACAUUUUUUCCAUCACUCUGCAAUUUCAUACACACUGCAGUUUUAAUCUCUUUCUGGCAUUUAUUUUCUCUUCUCUUUUUUUUAAAUGCAAAUGCAAAAUGUGCAUCAGAAUGAGUGGAAUGGAAAUUCCCACAGCAUACAAUUCUAAUAAAGUUCAAAUGAUGCCAGUGGAGAGAGCAGUGUUUACCUGCACCAGCAACUCCAUU